UUCCCAAAAGUUCCCGACCUCUUGGAUAAAUAUUAAGUUGGUAAGGUUCAUCUCAUUUGCUCUGCUUUGGUUUAAGGAGAUAUGGAGAUCUUAUUUGUGUUCUUACUGGCAGUCACUUUAUCCUGUCCUGUUCAAACAUCUGUCAAAACCUGCAGACCCAAUCAGUUCAGCUGUGGUGACACGAAGUGUGUGUCUUUAGCAUGGAAAUGUGAUGGUGUCAAGGACUGUCUGAAUGGUGCAGAUGAAGAAGGCUGCAACAAGACCUGCAAACCUGAAGAGUUCAGCUGUGGAGACAGACGCCAGUCGUGUGUGCCUAUGAGAUGGAAGUGUGAUGGUGAUAGUGACUGUCUGAAUGGUGCAGAUGAGGAAGGCUGUACGGUCAAGACUUGCAAACCCGAUUAUUUUAGUUGUGAUGAAAGCAACUUAUGUCUGCCUAUGAGAUGGAGGUGCGAUGGUAACAAGGACUGUAGAAAUGGUGCAGAUGAGAAAGACUGUGGUGAAGCAGCAGCAGGCACAAGCCAGAACCAAACAGCACAAAGUGAAAACAAGACCUGCAAACCUGAACAGUUCAGCUGUGGUGACAAACGCAAAUCAUGUGUGUCUAUGAGAUGGAGGUGUGAUGGUGAUAGUGACUGUCUGAAUGGUGCGGAUGAGAAAGGCUGUAACAAGACCUGCCAACCCGAAGAGUUCAGAUGUGGGGACAAACUCCAAUUGUGUGUGCCUAUGAGAUGGAGGUGUGACGGUGAUACUGACUGUCUGAAUGGUGCAGAUGAGGAAGGCUGUAACAAGACCUGCCAACCCAGAGAGUUUAGCUGUGGAGACAAACACAAAAGAUGUCUGCCUAUGAUAUGGAGAUGUGAUGGUGAAACUGACUGUCUAAAUGGUGCAGAUGAGGAAGACUGUGAAAAUGUUCCUGCACUGCCUUGGUUGCGAUAGGGUGAAAAAUCUAGGACUAGUUCGCAAAAAUGAUUUGGGCGACAUGCAGAUGACACCUGUGGCAAGUGGUUCAGACACAUGGAGACAUGGAAAGACCCUCCAAGCAACAUUACUAUAACAUUACUACUAUACUGGAUAAACAGCAUGAAGUAUUGAUAUAACACUGACAUAGAAAACUAAACUGAAGGUGGAGCUACACAAUCUUGGAAUGGAGUAUAGAUCUCAUUAACCAUUGUCCAAGAAUUAAUUAAUCAGGUAAUAUGUGUAAUGUAGUGUGUUACUGUAAGGCAUUUUUGCAUAUAGUUAUGCUAAUCUGAAUUAAAAUCACUGCCAUUACAGUAUUUUUACCAGAAGUGUCUGCCUUUUCUGUUUGUUUGUUUUUUUUCUUUUCUUUUUAGGGAAAAGAAAGAGUUGGAUUUGCCAAAUUGCUCUCUUUUUUAAGGUAAAAAACCAUGUUCCAAAUGUAUCAUUAUAAAUUAGCAAUUUUAUUGUUUUUUGACGUCUGAGUGUCACUAAAAGAAAUCUGUCAAUAAAUCACUUCUUUUGACUGUU